AGUACACGCGGAGAACUGGGAAGACAGAAAGAACAAUCCGUUAAGGGAGAACCUAGAAGCCAUUCAACAAGGUUAAAAUCUUUAGGCUUCCGAGGAUUUGGUAGACAGAUCAGAGACACGUUUCCUACAACUGCGAAGAGGCGCUGAGGCAAUUCUGCAAGAAGAUUUUGGGGUUUUGGAAAAGAAGCUAUGGAAAACGGAGGGGCAGGCACUCUGCAGAUAAGGCAAGUCCUGCUUUUCUUUGUUUUGCUGGGAAUGUCUCAGGCGGGCUCUGAAACUGGGAACUUUUUGGUGAUGGAGGAAUUGCAGAGCGGGAGCUUUGUAGGAAAUUUGGCAAAGACCCUGGGACUCGAGGUGAGUGAGCUGUCUUCGCGGGGGGCUCGGGUGGUUUCUAAUGAUAACAAAGAGUGUUUGCAGCUGGACACAAACACUGGGGAUUUGCUCCUGAGCGAAAUGCUAGACAGGGAGGAGCUCUGUGGCUCCAAUGAGCCUUGUGUGCUGUAUUUCCAAGUGUUAAUGAAAAACCCCACGCAGUUUUUACAAAUUGAGCUCCAGGUCAGGGAUAUAAAUGAUCACUCUCCCGUCUUCUUGGAAAAAGAAAUGCUCUUAGAAAUCCCAGAGAACAGUCCUGUUGCUGCUGUGUUCUUGCUUGAAAGUGCAAAGGAUUUAGAUGUAGGAAUCAAUGCUGUAAAAAGCUACACAAUAAAUCCGAACUCUCAUUUCCACGUUAAAAUAAGAGUCAAUCCAGACAAUAGGAAAUACCCUGAGUUAGUUCUGGACAAGGCGCUGGAUUAUGAAGCGCUCCCGGAGCUCAGUUUCAUCCUCACUGCUCUGGAUGGCGGGUCCCCUCCCAGGUCUGGAACUGCCUUGGUCAGGGUGGUGGUUGUAGAUAUUAAUGACAACUCCCCUGAAUUUGAGCAGGCCUUUUAUGAGGUGAAGAUUCUGGAGAAUAGCAUCCUUGGCUCCCUGGUUGUGACCGUCUCAGCCUGGGAUUUAGACUCUGGAACAAACAGUGAACUAUCCUAUACCUUUUCCCAUGCCUCAGAAGAUAUUCGCAAGACAUUUGAAAUUAAUCAAAAGUCUGGAGACAUUACUUUAACAGCACCUUUGGAUUUUGAAGCAAUUGAGUCAUACUCAAUAAUCAUUCAAGCCACAGAUGGGGGAGGACUUUUUGGAAAAUCUACAGUCAGAAUUCAGGUGAUGGAUGUAAACGACAAUGCUCCUGAAAUCACUGUGUCAUCAAUUACCAGUCCAAUCCCAGAAAACACUCCAGAGACCGUGGUUAUGGUUUUCAGGAUACGAGACAGAGACUCUGGGGACAACGGAAAGAUGGUUUGUUCUAUCCCGGAAGACAUCCCAUUCGUGCUAAAAUCUUCGGUAAAUAAUUACUACACUUUGGAAACAGAGAGACCGCUGGACAGAGAGAGCAGAGCCGAGUACAACAUCACCAUCACCGUCACCGACUUGGGGACCCCCAGGCUAAAAACCGAGCACAACAUAACCCUGCUGAUCUCCGACGUCAAUGACAACGCCCCCGCCUUCACCCAAACUUCCUACACCCUGUUCCUCUGCGAGAACAACAGCCCCGCCCUGCACAUCGGCAGCAUCAGCGCCACAGACAGAGACUCAGGCACCAACGCCCAGGUCACCUACUCGCUGCUGCGGUCCCAGGACCCGCACCUGCCCCUCGCCUCCCUGGUCUCCAUCAACGCGGACAACGGCCACCUGUUCGCCCUCAGGUCGCUGGACUACGAGGCCCUGCAGGCUUUCGAGUUCCGCGUGGGCGCUUCAGACCACGGCUCCCCGGCGUUGAGCAGCGAGGCGCUGGUGCGCGUGCUGGUGCUGGACGCCAACGACAACUCGCCCUUCGUGCUGUACCCGCUGCAGAACGGCUCCGCGCCCUGCACCGAGCUGGUGCCCCGGGCGGCCGAGCCGGGCUACCUGGUGACCAAGGUGGUGGCGGUGGACGGCGACUCGGGCCAGAACGCCUGGCUGUCGUACCAGCUGCUCAAGGCCACGGAGCCCGGGCUGUUCGGCGUGUGGGCGCACAAUGGCGAGGUGCGCACCGCCAGGCUGCUGAGCGAGCGCGACGCGGCCAAGCACAGGCUGGUGGUGCUGGUCAAGGACAAUGGCGAGCCUCCGCGCUCGGCCACCGCCACGCUGCACGUGCUCCUGGUGGACGGCUUCUCCCAGCCCUACCUGCCUCUCCCUGAGGCGGCCCCGGCCCAGGCCCAGGCCGACUCGCUCACUGUCUACCUGGUGGUGGCGUUGGCCUCGGUGUCUUCGCUCUUCCUCUUCUCGGUGCUCCUGUUCGUGGCGGUGCGGCUGUGCAGGAGGAGCAGGGCGGCCCCGGUGGGUCGCUGCUCGGUGCCUGAGGGCCCCUUUCCAGGACAUCUGGUGGACGUGAGUGGCACCGGGACCCUGUCCCAGAGCUACCAGUAUGAGAUGUGUGUGACUGGAGGCUCCAGGUCAAAUGAGUUCAAGUUCCUGAAACCAAUUAUCCCCAACUUCCUACCCCAGAGUACAGGUAGUGAAGUCGAAGAAAAUCCCCCAUUUCAGAAUAAUUUGGGUUUCUGAUAAAGAAUGAAAAAUAAAUCCUGUGUUUAUGAAUACAUUUAUAAUUAGGAACUUAUCGUGAGGUGCCUGUAAAGUAGUAUUUUUGAUCACUUCAAAUACAUGCUCUUCAAGUCAAGAAAUAAAUUUCUUUACAUAGAAAAGGAUACAGAUUUAGUACCAAGAACACUUCACAAAGCAGGAAAUGUGCAUGUGUAAUGUUUUAUGUCAAACGAUUAUGCUUAAUAUAAAGUCUAUUAAGUGGUAAGUCUUGUUUGAGAUAUUUUUAAUUGCUUUCCAUUGUUUUCAAUAUUUACUGUGACUUUCGUUUUCUGAGUUGAUUAGAAUGCUGUUCGAGUAUACCUACCCUAGUUUCAGAACCACAGAUUGUAGUGUACCUUUUUAAACUUUAUUUUUUUAAAAAAAGUUGUUUUAUGAAUCAUACACUAUUUUCACACUUUUAAUCUCAGAAGAAACAUAUGUGACAUGGUAUUUUAGUAAUGACCAAAUAGACGGUCUUAGAGAUUCAGUAAGUUCACUAAGGUCCACUAACUAAUAAGUGACAAAACUGAGCAUCCAUCCUAGAUCUGCCUGACUCUGAGUCAGUGACUUUGCUCCCAUUCCAUACUGUUUUCGUCAUUGGAUAUCACCUGGCAAGUUUCUGCCUAACUAAAGAGAAGAAAAGUUUUUAUCGUAUUCAUACUACCGUUCAAUCUUUAUUUAGAAAUAAUCUUUAUCUAUUAUUUCAUUUUCUUAUAAACCAGUAAUCUUGCUUUUCUGGGUAAAUUUUCAGCUAUUAUUACUAAUGCUCUGAUCUGUCCAAAUCUUAAGUAAAAAACAAAAUUGAAAGAGCAA